CGAUUUUUGGUUAGAUCUCCAUCUUUCAACGUUCUCAAAUGAUGCCAAGGGCAGCAAGUGGAAUCGCAUUUUUUACUUUCUCAGAGAUUUGUGGCACUCCAAAAGGAGCCGCAGACUAUGUAGCCAUCGCAGCAUCUUUUCAUACUCUAUUUGUUUCUGACAUUCCGAAGAUGACCCGGGCUCAUGGUGACCUGGCCAGACGGUUUAUUAUUUUGGUGGAUGUUCUGUAUGAACAGAGGGUAAAGCUGAUAGUAAGUGCUGACGCCGACCCGGGAGCUUUGUACCGACCUAGACAAGAAGAGGAGCAAAUCGGCCCCCUAGGUUUGGUGGAGAAAUCAGAGUCGUCCCCUUGUACGUAUGCAGUUUCUAUUCAUGAGGAGAAGGACGAAGAGUUUGCUUUUGCGAGGACAGUAUCCCGACUCUACCACAUGCAGUCAGCGGAUUAUCUAUCGGCACCUUGGGCUCCACCCGGGAAAGCUUUUAUGAUUCAUUUGGUCAGUGUAAAGUUGAAGGAAGGUGAUCUACGUAGGAUAUGGGACAGGUACAACAGAGACAGUGAUACCAAAUUGAAUCGUAAAUUAUUGUUACUUAUGAUGGAAGACCUCAAUGAAAUCAAGUCUGGUCAUCGGAAUGUCAUCCCGGAAUUGGUUGAUGAAAUGUGCAAUAAGCUCGAUGCCAACCAAGACGGUGUCGUCAUAUGGGAGGAGUUUAGAGACUACUUUCUCCGCUAUGGACUACAGCAGGAGUGAGAGGAGUCAAACGACCUGGUCAAAUGUUUACAGUCUCGUUGGUGUAUCAAGGACAGGUCUGAAAAAACUUGGACAAAUCAGAGCAAAGCUCUCGUUCUUAUAAUGAUAUUGGCAUUGUAUGCAGAACUGAAAAAGUGGCGAUUCUCGGUGCGCCUUAAGAGCC